AUGUUCCCAGAUGAGCUCAAGGGACUCACGCCGGUCGAGGAGAAGCUCAUCUCACCGAACUCGUGUUACGGGCACGUCAAGGGCCACAUCACAGUGUUUCCGAACAAUGUGCAGGAGCUGGCAACCAAAGUGCUGCCGCACCCCCUUUUGCAAGCACUGGAUGAGAUACACAUUUCGUGGCAGGGCGCGGAGAAGCCGGCACCGAGCGACCUGUCGAGUCUCUUAUCGGUAAGGCGGCGGGUCGUCGAGAGGGCCCUUAUCUGGCUGAAGAAGAACAACCCCCACUAUACCGAGAUCGAGAUCGACGUGGCGGAGAUGGAGAGCUGGGGAGACCCGAUACACGGGGUGCCGAGGUUGGUGUACGAUCGCAUGGAGCGGAACGAGCCGUCUGCAUGGGAGAAAACGCGAACGGCCCACGUUGUGCCGCCCUCAGAGCGCGCCAUGGACGACGAGGGGUUGGUAGAGAUCGACCAACUCUUCGCGCUGCUCAACCAAAGGCAAGAAACAGACGGCGAGGCUGAGGGGCAGGGGCCUAACGAAGAAGGCGCGGAUCGCGUUGGAAUUGGGGCUGGCCCCGAUCAGAAUGUUGAAGCGAUCAACGAGGUGACGUCCUCUGCCAUGUUUGCACUGGACGGACCGCCAGACGUGGUAGAUGUCGAGAAGCUGCGGUUUGCCUGCGACGCCAUUGAUGAGGGUGCCGACGAGAGCCGUGCAGGCCCGAGAACGUGGAUCGGAUCCUCGGCGGCGGGGGCUCGGGGGCGUGGCGACGAUAGCCGUGAGCCAUACAUCCGAGUUUCGCGGGGUGACGACUUCGCCGAUUCCUUUGAGACAUCCUUCUUCGCCCGAACGUUCCCAACCCUGUUCCCAUUUGGCGUCGGGGGACCAAGGCUGCUUGAAGAGAGCAUAGUCAAGGUCGGGAAGGCUACCACCGAGUUGCGAGGUAGGGCUGUUGAGGCAGAGGCGGCUGCGCGAGACUCCGUAUCCUCUCGAAGCUUGAACCUUCGGGUGUGGGCCGACAUAGUGCUCCGGCGCCACGGUGGCCGAUUUGCGUCGCACCACAUCUUUGCGUUUCUUGUCUUUAACAUGGGGGUGCGGUCGCGGAACCGCCGUGUUAGCAUGCUGAGUGUGACGAGGAGGAACUUCCGCACGGUAGAGCGCAUUGUUCGCUCGAUGGCCGCAGAGAGGUUAGCCGCGGCGAGGGUCGAGUUGGAGAGCUCGGGCAAGACGACCGACGAUGGCGUGAAGGAGCUUCUCAGGAGCCUCUCGCUGUAUGGCCACCGGCAGCCCAUGUCCAGGGAGGUCCGGCUCAAUAUGCGGCGGAAAAUCCAGUCGCUCAUCGUUGGCUACGGCGUGCCGGCCAUCUGGUUCACCAUCAACCCGAAUGACAUUACGAACCCGGUGAAGCUGCGACUGGCGGCAUACCGCACUCGCGAUCCCGACGCGGCCGAGGAGUUCCUAGAAGGCCUCGGAAGUGCGUACAAGCGGGCGCGGCUGGCCAUAUCGGAUCCCAUGAGCUCCGCCGUAUUCUUCCACCGGGAGAUGAAGCUAUUCUUCGAUCACUACGUGAAAGUCGGUGAAGAGUCGGUAUUCGGGCGCAUCAGCAAGUACUAUGGCGCCGUGGAGACCAACGAACGAGGGGCGCUUCAUGUCCACGGCUUGCUCUGGUUGCAGGGAAACGCGCAUCUCAGCUCGAUGCUUGCCGACAUCCACGGGGAGGAUCAGGCGGCGUAUCGCGAGCGGAUCAUACGAUACGUCGAUAGUGUCUUCUGCGAGGAUCUGGACCAGGAAGGGUUCGGUGCCAUGCAAGCGGAGCGAUCUGUGACGUGCGAUAUUUCCUCCCUGCUAGGCAACGCCGAGCAGUUUUCGGCCGCCUUUGACGAGGAGGCCAACUUCUGUGCCGGCGCGACGCAGGUCCACACGCAUAGCCCGACCUGUGUCAAGUAUUCCUUGGGCAAAGGGGCGCGGAAAGGGAAUCUAUGCCGGUUCAAGGCUCCAUGGAGGUUGGUCGACAAGACAGCCAUCACGGCAGACGGGGUGCUGCAGGUCCGGAGGACUCACAGCAUGGUUAAUCGAUGGAACAAGGCCAUCGCUGUGGGGCUCCGGCACAACCACGACAUUUCGUUCAUUGCGACGCAGCGCAAGACCAUGGCCCUCAUCUAUUAUGUCACGAAUUACGCGACGAAGGUGGAAGACCCGGUGUGGAAGCGUGUGGCGGCUGCGGCCGAGCUCCUGGACGCCUCGACGGAUGACGGCGCGGGCAACGGAGGACGGGACGGCGGUGGAGAUGCUGUUGGUGAUGACGCCGCCAAGGGGAACAGGACCCGACAAUUCCUGAUGAGAGUGGCGAACCGCGUGUUCACGGACCGUCCGCUCUCGCAGGUCGAGGUCAUCGCUCAUCUUCUGGGAUAUCCGGCCGAGUUCACCAACAGCAGCGCCUGGGCGUACCUGAACACAUCUCUACUGUACUGGGAAGUCUUUCGACGGUGGCCGCAUCUCCGGCAAGCAAGUGGCGCGGCGGACAUAGACGAUACUCUGGAUGAGUCGGUGCUCAGACGGCCGGGCAAGCAUGCUAGCGUCUGCCUCGAUGGCUACCUAAGCAAGGACUUCGGCCACGACGACGACGAGUCGUGCCACCGGAGGGCAGCCGUGCAGCAUCUUGCACUCUUCGUGCCGUGGGAGUCCUUCCUGUGCCAAGAAACAGGCGAGAUCAAUGGCAUCUGGGAGCGGGCGCGAGAGGCGCUGGCUCCGAGAAUAUCAUGUCUCGUCGACAACGUGCAGCUGCUUCGACGAUCGGCCGAAGAUGCAAAACGCGACGCCAAGCAAUGGGCAGCCUCAUCCGGAGAUGGCGAUCCGACCGUCGCACACGUGGAGGAGACCGGGACGGACGACGCGGGCGCAGAAUCCACGACGAUGUACCAACCCAGCAGCAUCGGGGCGCGACGCGGCUGA